AUGGCUCCCUCCGAUCGCCUCAACCAGGUCAAUAAGCACCUCAACUACCCGGCCGGCAUGCUAGCCGGCCAAGUCGCCAUCAUCACCGGCGCAGGCCAGGGCAUCGGCGCCGAAGCAGCUCGGCUGUUCGCCAACGAAGGCGCCAAAGUCAUUGUCGCUGAUAUCGAUAGUAAAAAAGCCAAUGCCGUCGCGGACGCCAUCAACGGGGUCGAGCCGGGCCGCGCUCUCGCUGUUGUCGGUGACAUCCUGGACGGCGAGUACAUCGCCAAUCUGGUCAAGCAGGCCGCCGACUUUGGCGGUGGCAAGAUCCACAUCAUCGUCAACAAUGCCGGUUUCACCUGGGACGGGGUGAUUCACAAGAUGACCGACAAGCAAUGGGACACCAUGCUCGCCGUCCACAACACAGCACCCUUCCGCCUCGUCCGCGCCGCAGCGCCCUACUUCCGCGUCAAGGACCAGCAGCCACGAGUCAUCAUCAACAUUAGCAGUACAAGUGGCAUCCAUGGCAACGCCGGACAAGCCAACUACGCCGUCGCCAAAGCAGGUGUCGUCGGGUUGACGCGCACGAUCGCGAAAGAAUGGGGCCCGGCGUUUGGCGUACGCUCCAACACCAUCGCAUUCGGCUUCGUCACGACCCGGCUGACCGCUGCCAAAGAAGCCGGUGCAUUCAUCACCACGCCCGACGGCACUAAGGUUGCCCUCGGCAUCCCCGGCAAGCAGCUUGACGGCAAGAAGGGCGCCGAUGCCGACGCCUACCCGGAUAUCCCGCUGCGGCGCCCAGCCAGUCCUGAAGAGGCGGCGCGCGCGGUCCUCGGCGUGGCGAGCCCAUAUUUCUCGUACGUGAAUGGCGAGACGAUCCGAGUGACCGGCGGGCGGAACAUGUAG